AUGAAUAGAGAGAAGGCGGUUGGUGAUGAUGGUGAUGUAGAGAAUAGGAGAAGCAUAGGCGGUGUAUUAAUGGUGGGGAUAAUGGUCGGUUGUGGUGAGGGGCGUGAUGUAAGGAGACUAGAGGAAAAGAGAAGGAGGCUAUUGGUGGUGAUUACGGACAGAAAGG